UAAGAAGGAAGCGAAGUAGCUCCGAAUCCGAUCGGCUGCAAUGGCUUCGCAGAGAGACCGCGAGAGCUUCGUCUACAUCGCGAAGCUUGCUGAACAGGCGGAGCGCUACGAUGAGAUGGUGGAUGCAAUGAGGAAGGUGGCGAAGCUGGAUGUGGAGCUCACGGUGGAAGAGCGGAAUCUGCUGUCAGUUGGAUACAAGAAUGUGAUCGGGGCGCGGAGGGCCUCGUGGAGGAUUUUGUCUUCGAUUGAGCAGAAGGAGGAGGCGAAGGGGAAUGACCUGCACGUGAAGAGGAUCAGGGAGUAUCGGCAGAAGGUGGAGUCGGAGCUUUCCAAUAUCUGCAACGACGUUAUGGCUGUUAUUGAUGAGCAUCUCAUCCCCUCCGCCACUGCUGGAGAGUCAUCUGUUUUCUACUACAAAAUGAAAGGAGAUUAUUAUCGUUAUCUGGCAGAGUUUAAGUCUGGGAAUGAUAGAAAGGAAGCUGCUGAACAAUCUCUUGAGGCGUACCAGGUGGCUUCAAGCACAGCUGAGGCAGAUCUAUCUCCUACACAUCCUAUUCGCCUAGGCUUGGCACUGAAUUUUUCAGUCUUUUACUAUGAGAUUAUGAACUCACCUGAAAGGGCUUGCCACCUUGCCAAACAAGCUUUUGAUGAAGCCAUUUCGGAGCUGGAUACCUUGAGUGAAGAGUCAUACAAGGACAGUACGUUGAUUAUGCAACUUCUCAGGGAUAACCUUACCUUGUGGACCACUGAUAUCCCCGGAGAUGAAGGUAUCCAACAGCAAGAGGAGAGCAUUGAAGGAGAAGCGGUGGCAAUAAGCUAUGAUGAAGAUACAAUAGGAUUGGUAGAGGACACUGCAAAGGAUACUACUUCUAAGGUAAUUGCCGGCGAAAGGAAAGAAGGGGGCAUUCAUUAAACUGAUCAACCCUUUGCCAUUUGGCUGGUUUCCUCUGGUACGACCAAAAAAUUCCGCUUCUGUAUGGUUUUAUAUGUAACAUAUGUCGGGGAAAUUUUGUGGUGUUGCAAAAUUAGGGAUCUAUGGCUGGGUGAAGCAGGAAGGUAUGGUUCAUUUCUGUAAUUUUUCUGCUAGUUUUUUAUCUAUCACGCUCAGGGCCGUAUUCAGUGGACAUUAAUGCCUUGUUCUCUAACAUAUUACUAAUUUAAAAGAGACCAUUACUACUGCAUCUUUGCCCAA